AUGGCCGGUGGUCCAAAGCAACCCCUCAACGUCUUCCGCCUCAGCACAGGCGAGGCCCCUAGGGAGAUCCUCAACUGGAGACUAUGGUUCGCUGUGCUCUCCUUUGGCCUCAUGGGCGCGGCCCGUGGUGUCGACGAGGGUCUCAUCACGGGAGCCUUUGACUCUGUGGAUUUCCAGCGCACCAUCAACUUUGACUCGUAUGAUGCUGUCGAGCAGGCCAACAUCAGAGGCAAUGUCUCUGCUAUGGUCCAGCUUGGAUCUAUUGCUGGUGCUCUCUUUGCUUUCCUUGUCUGUGAUCGAGUUGGACGCCUCUGGGCUACGCGUGAGCUGUGUGUCCUCUGGGUUCUGGGUAUUGCUAUCUUCAUGGGACACAAUGGCUCGCUUGGAGCUGUCUAUGCUGGACGCUUCAUUGCUGGCCUGGGUGUUGGACAAACAGUCGUGGUUGGGCCAGUCUAUCUCGCUGAAGUGGCCCCCGCCGCCGUCCGCGGUCUCUGCACUUGCGUCUUCACCGGCUUCGUCUACCUGGGCAUCGUGCUCGCCUACUUUGCCAACUACGGCUGCGAGCUACACAUCCCCGACGGCGCAAACCGCUGGCUCGUCCCCACAAGCCUGCACAUCAUGUUCGCCGGCCUAAUCUUCAUCCUCUCCUUCGCCCAGAUCGAGUCCCCGCGCUUCCACGUCAAGCGCAACAACUUCGAAGCAGCACUGAACAACCUCUCGCGUAUGCGCAACCUGCCCCCCGACCACGAAUACGUCAUCGACGAAAUCACCGCCAUCCAGUCCUCGCACCAGGCAGAGAUGGAAGCUACCCUGGGACUCGGCUGGCUUGGCGUCCUCAAGGAGGCCGUCCUCAUCCCCUCGAACCUCUACCGUCUGUACCUCGCCGCAAUGGUCCAGGUCCUCUCGCAGUGGUCCGGCGCGGGGUCCAUCACCGUCUACGCCCCGCAGCUCUUCUCCCUCCUCGGCAUCACCGGCAACAACGAGUCCCUCCUCGUGACCGCCGUCUUCGGCCUCGUGAAACUCGCUGCCGCCGUUAUCUGCGCGCUCUUCCUCGUCGACGUCAUCGGCCGCAAGCGCGCCCUCCUCCUGGGAAUCACCAUGCAAGCCAUUUCGAUGAUCUACGUCGCCGCCUUCCUCACCUCGGUUCCCGAACUCGGCGUCGACGACGAUUUCGUCCUCCCCGAGAACAAGAAGGGUGUUUCGCGCGGCGCAAUCGCCAUGAUCUACAUCAGCGGCAUGGGCUGGGCCCUCGGCUGGAAUAGCAUGCAGUACCUGCUCACGGCCGAACUCUUCCCGCUCCGGAUCCGUGCGUUUGCGACUUCCACCGCAAUGACACUCCACUUUGCGAACCAAUAUGGAAAUGCCCGCGCGGUGCCCAAUAUGCUCCUCCCCACUGAAGACGGUGGAAUUGAUCCCAAGGGCACGUUCUGGUGUUUCGCUGCCGUGACGAUUAUCGGCGGGGCGUGGGUUUGGUUCUCUAUUCCCGAGACUGCGGGACGCUCCCUGGAGAGUAUGGAGAAUCUGUUCCAGUUGCCGUGGUAUAAGAUUGGAUUGUAUGGAAACCGUGAUGCGGAGCAGAGGGAUCUGGCGACGAGUGCGGAGAAUAAGGUUGAGAUGGGGAAUGUGCAGGGGCGGGUUGAGACUGUUGAGAGGGUUUGA